AGGCUGCGGAGAUGAGAGCGAUCGCGGAUGAUCCAGAAAUGGCCAGAGUGUACGUCGAGUGGUUAAAGAAUCGUAGCAAGCGCGCAGCAACUGCUAUCGCUCUGAAAUCGAAGAUGCAGAAAGCGCUGCUGUCGGAAUUAUGGGAGAGAGUGGCGGAGAAACAGGAAAGAACGUUCGACGAAGAAAUCGCGAAGCGAGUGUUGGAUCAGUCGAGAUACGAGAAACAGAUCGUGACGAAAUUGUGCGAGGUGCGCGAGCAGAAGAAUAUAAUGGCUGAAAACCAGAAGGUCGUCGAGGACAUAACCGUGGAAGCAAAGGAGGUGGAGCAUCGCGCGAGCUACGAAAGAGCUCAGGAUCUGGUGAGCAAGCGACAGAAAGACAUCGAAAUCGAAUGUCGAAGAAUGUGCGAAUUGCGCCGAAGGCUUUUGAUGCAAAAGAUACGAAAGAUACGGGAGAAUCACUGGCGAUUUUGCCGAGACAUCGUCGACGACUUGGCGAGCAUCGCGUUGAACGUGGCUGACCACCGACGAGUAAACGACGGUUGUGUAUCGCUCGUUCUUCUCAGCGAAUGGAAGACGCUGUUUCUCAAGUCGCAGCCCAUCUUCGACGAAGAAUUACCUUACAUUGGAAAACACAAACAACCCUCGGAGCAGAAGUUCGAAAUGUUGCUGAAAUCGGAUACGUGGAUGAAGGUUGACAAGAUGGAUUUGCUGCGAGAUGCUCUGUUCGACGAUUAUUUGGAGACGAACCCACCUUGGAACGAGUCGUUGCCGGAGCUGACCGAAGAAUUGCAAGAUCUCGUCACGCUGGGACACGCGGUGCUUGGAUACAUCGUGCAUCGACUUCUCGACUUCCUUUAUGCUCAUCCCGUGGAUCGAUCUCAAACCUUGCUACAGAAAUUCAAGAACGUGACGAUCGUUCUCGGGAUAGGAAACCCCACGGUUUACGAAUUGAUUCGAGCGCUGCUCGAUCGAUCUGCUAUUCGGACUGUGAGAAUGGAAGACGCGAUUAAUUAUUGUCUCGAACGGUACAAGCAGGAGAUGUCCGAUGUGGAGUAUAUCGAUUCAAAUAUAAUCGCUGCGACGGCGGACGUCAUCAAGAAACUGGAGAGCGAAAAAGGGCGAAUCUCGUGCGCCAGGAUGGAUAGACUCGGUAAAGAUUCGAAAUGGACGACUUCCUCGCCGGGAACGACAACGAGGAAAGGCAUGACUGGCGAGAGAAAGUUAUCCGUUUCGGCCAAGUCAGAGAUGCAGGAAGAAUCGAACACUCGCGAUAAGCAAACGCAAACUCCGAGGAACAUACCGUACGACGAUUUAGAUCCCGUAUUGACCGAUACCGCGUACAUUGGUAAGUGGGCCUACGAAUUUCUAACGUUGGGCGAACCGAUCACGGACGAUCUCGCGACCAAGAUCUUGAUCGAGUACUUGAAGAGCUUGGUGAACGCGAAAGGUUGGGUUCUGCUCGAUUAUCCCAACACUUACGAGCAAAUGUCGCGACUGGAGACAGCGAUGACGGGCUCGGCUCCACCUCCCGACCCAAAGUUGCUCGAUUUCGACGACGUUACCAUGGAGGACAUCGAGACUGUGACUCCGAGAAUCGUCUUCGAAGACAAGUCCGACCCAUACUCGUUAAACAGACAGUCAAAGCUGGUACCCGAUCCGGGCGCGGAGCUACACGCCGAACCCGCGAGUCGUACAUUCGCCACGCUCUUCGUUCGAGUGAAGCAACAACCAAAAUACUUCGAAAUAGGAGUUCGAACUUACGAAACGUUGAAAGAGGACUCGCCAUCGAUCGACAAAUUCUACGCGUCUCGCAAGAUCGCUCGCAUUCUCUACUAUUCCACCUUCGAUUUGGCCACCUUGAAGAAAUUGGCCAGACUUAUGAUAGGCGACCCGUUGCAGAAGAAACCUUCCGAGGAAUUGUUCGGCGAUGCGUUGAAUAUGUUCGAGCGAGAGACGAAACGUGGCGCGACCUUGAAGGAGGCCGUCGUUCGACGGCUGGUAACCGAGGAAGAGUACGCGCAACUCGAGUCCGACGUGGACGACGACGCCAUGGAAGAGGAGGCGAAGCAAGAUCUCGUAUCCGACGAUUUCCAGAUGGAGUUCGAAUCGCGACCAGCCAGACCUGGUGAACCCAAUUGGCAAUGGGUCGACCUACCUUUGCCUUUCGCGUUGCUAGAAAAUUUGGCAAGGCUGUGGGAGAGCUUGGAAGAGAUCUACGUGGAGGAAAUAAAGGAAUUGCUCCUCCUCAAGAGCAUCCACGCGUCGAGUAUCGUUCCAUAUGCAGAUUUCAUAACGAGAAACGCGCUAGAGUUUAUUAAACGACCUGAUACCAAGCAGGAUCUGCUGCACCGAUUUCAUCAGGCGUUCAACGCGAUCGACGAGGACGCACGGAACGACGCGGACGUCAAGUGCGAGCUGCAUCGUCGCGUGGCAGAUUUCCAAACGGAACUUUGGGAAAUUUGCGAUCGGAGAAGACGCGAAGCUGAGGAGGAACGGAGGCGAUUCGUCAACGACCAAUGGGCUGUUUACGAGGCGGUAGUUCUGUUUAACACGUACAUCGGCAUCGUUCAAGCGGAGAUCGAUCGGUGCGUCGACACGAUACGUUUGUUGCAAGAUUACUAUUUCGGAAUGAUGAAAAAGCCGCUGCGAGAAAUCGGCGUUUCGAAGGUUGUUUUGAAUAAAAUCGAAAUUGAAACGAACGACAGGGAAAACGACGUCGACGAUGGCAACGAACAGCGGGAUUUCCAAGAGCAGCCACCGUUUGAACCUUCGAAUUUUGUCGAAAAAUCGCCUGAUCGAAAGGGAAGAGGAAGACUGAAAACCAAAGACAGACGGUCGACGAUAACAUACGCCGCUGCUCCACCUGCCCUCGAUAGCGAAUCUCUUCGAAUGGAGAUCGACGACGCGUUCGUCGACAGACAGAAAACUAUCGACAACAUGGAGAACAACAGCCUGUUUACGAGAAUCGUAGAAAACGUUCGAUAUGUGAGAAGCAUCGUGGAAACGUUGUUCGCGGCUAGCAACGAAGCGAUUAGAAGAGAACAGAUGGCAAUUUCCAAGAACAAAGACUUUUCGACCGAUUCGUCCGAUUCGAUCAUUGGGAAAAUGGCGUCGAGGGGUCAAGAUCUAAUUUUGGAAUGGCGCUACGCCAUUACCUACGAGAUAGAAAGAGUUCGCGAGAAACUGGACUCUAUAGUGAACGUGGCUCGACUGGAUGUCGCUUUCUUGUUGGGGACGUUGCAAAGGACCUUCCACGGCAUUUACGAUGCCAUCGUAAACAGAUAUUGGCGAGAGAUGAAGAGCGUGAACGACAUGGCGAAUGUGUUCUGCUUCGCGAUCGAGGAGAGUAGAGUGCUGGAGACAGAGCUGCUACUAGAGGGUGACCGGUUCGUCGUCCGAUCGAACGUGUACAUGAUGGAAGUCGAAGAAGAGAAGCCGAAGCGCGUGGAAGAGAUCGCGUCGUCCUCCCGAUUCCGAAUAGCCAGCCUCGCGCGCUUGUUGGAGAUAUUUAAACGAGUCGCGCCAAGCGGAAUGAUAUGCGAACGCAGCCUAGUUUAUAUCUUUCAAGAUUUAGCGAGCCACGGCCAGGAAGAGGGAGAGCCGAUGUUGCUGCCAUGCUCUUGGUACCAACUUCGACUGGGCGAAAUUUCGAAAUUGCUUGCUAGAUUUUUCGGUUCCGUCGAAUACGUCGAUUGGCGAGAAUUUCUCGUUUGCGCGAUGGACCUUCCCAUUCCGAACUGUCAAGAAACGUUAAUAGCCAGGGAUCGCUUCAGGAUUCAGGAUCCUGAGUUGAGAGAAGUGGUGACUGUAGCUCAGUACGGUCGAACGUCGCUGUGGUUUCUCGAAUGCACGGACGGUUGUGCCAAUGUACAGCAACUUCGUCUCGACGAGUUUCGAAAACGUUCAGAGGACCUGGACGAAGAGGAACUGUACCAAUUGGACACUGACGCGACUUUCUCCAUGCGAGCGAGCCGACCUGGCUCGCAAGUCGACGUAUCGUUGCUGCGUUGCUUGAGUCCCGAAGAAACGCUCAGGCGAAUGUUGGCCAAAGAACUGCUGUGUCGGAUGUACAUGACAGAUCGAUACUCGGUUAACUAUACCGCGCUGCUGUUGGCUUUCUGCAAGGACGAAACUCCGCGAGACGGAUUUGCAAAAGCGCUGGCCUUGGCUCUAGGCAACCGUGUCUGCACCGAUGUACACGAGGGCGAAAGAUACGUCGAAGAACUUUUAGAGCGGAAGCGACUGGCUCGAGAGGCUCGACGACCGUCUCCUGACGGACCUCUCGAGGUUGCGAAGACGAUCCUGGAGUAUCUGAUGUAUCAGGUCCAAAGAAGAAUCGAUCGAGAUUCGGACCAGGAACUGGAGGAAACGAGCGCGUUGAAAUUUUUUGGUGAACCGGUCGUACCUGAGAGUGUGACAACGCUCGAAUCGUUCGUUGUUGGUGAACACGCGUCAGCUGAGAGUAUGCAGAAAAGUUUCAUAAUGGACCACGAAGUGGUCAUUUAUUGGCUUACUCUUGAUAUUUGCCUUACUGUACUGGCCGCGGUAUUGUCAUGGAACGUAUUACACUCGGAACUUAUCGGCAAGUGUAAGAGUUUCCCUGAAAAGUUAGCUUCGAUAUACGAAGAAUUGAGAGAGGUGGAUCUGAAUGACGAGAAGGACAUUGUUUUGGCGCAUCGACUUUUAAAUCACGAUUUCAUGAUACAAUUUUUAAGCGCAGCCGCCAAAUUUACGGUCAAGAACAUGGAGAAUAUGGUUCAGGAAAUCUUACGGGAAAGGCAAGAUACGUGAAGUUUUGUGGUUAGAUCUCCGUAAAAAAAAAAAUCCACUUUCUGGAACGUUUGAAAUACGAUAAUUACAAAACAUAAUAAUGGUAAAACGAGAUAAAACGUUAAAAACAAUUGUUGAAAAAAGACCCGAGAGAUUUACGAGGAGAAGCUUUAACAGGAUUUAUUAUUUCGAUACAUCACGAGCGUAACUUGUGAAAAAUUCUAAUCUUCCAAAUAAACUGCAAACACAUCGUGUAUUACGUACACGAAGAUACGAGUUACAUUUUCCUACGCCUUAUUUAUUUCGUCGUUUCUAUUUCGAUUUAACACCGACAACCACGUCCUCGUAUCCGUGUUCAUUCGCGAAUAUGCACCUUAAUACCAUGAUACCUUAAUAAUUGUUCUCGAUAUAAGCGACGGAUUACGAAUAAUCGUACGUAUAUUACACACCGCAUUCUUCAUUACCCUCGUAUAAAUAGCUAAAAUCUGCUUACGCUACUCCCUUCGUUUCAAUCGUCGUGCCUUUUACAAAGUUGCGCAAGACGAGUAUAACCGAGUACGGAUUAAACGUUUAACCAACAAAAUUUGUAUUUCUUUCGUAUUUGUCGAUGAAAUGUAUCUACGAAAAUAUUCCUUUUCUUGUAACGUCUUGUCUCGAUCGUCAUCCGAGACGUGCGUGAACAUAAUGUUGCAACGGAGAACCGUUCGGAAGGAACAACGAUCGAAACAAGAAAGAAAAUAGUACAUAGUAUGUAGCAGCCGCAGUAGUAGUAGUAAUAGUAGUAAUAGUGGUAAUAGUGGUAGCAGCAACAACAGCAGUACAUAGUAGUAGUAGUAGUAGUUGUUGUUGUUGUUGUGACAGUAGUAGUAAAUAGUAAUAGUAAUAGCGAGAAUAGUAGUAAUAGUAACAAUAAUGAUAAUAAUCAUAAUAAAAAAGGACGUUCGUUUUCAACGAAUCGGUUAAACUCAUUGACGUUUCCCGACGUCUUCCAACCUUCCGCUUGCUUAUUCUCUUAUCGUUACUUAUUAUCGAUUAUUCGAUAAUGCCUUGUACACAGUAUCCUUAUAAUAAAGCGGAAUCGUCUCGACUCGCGUGUAUCGUUCUCCUUUAAACGUUCACUUCGCGUUUAAUGUUAACGAGUUUCUUCGAAAUAGUAAGAGUCAAGAGCACGAUAGAAGGAAGAACGCUGGACACUCGAUAGCCAUGAAAAACGAGCAACAUCGAUCUCAUCUCGGGUAACACCGUUUGAAAUUCGAUCGGUAGGAACAACGAUUAACGAGGCGCAUACCGAGCGUACAGAGGACUGCGUGCCUGUGUUCGAUUCCGAAACCUGUUCUCCCGGUAUCCAAUGUUUCACUCUACAAACACGAGCGGCGCGACGCGCAGAAAACGUCUGCCUAUUGGCGUAAUUCUACCGUGCUCGUUCUCGUAUUCUGUUCCGCGAGAUUUUUGUCGCCGCAAGGAAGGUGCAUUAUUCACAGCCCGUACUCUCACCCUUAACGAUUUAAGCAUCGAAACCCAAACGAUCGAACGUCGUGUGACGCCAUCCAACCGCGCACUUUACGUUACACGUGAUAUGUAUUUGUGUGUGUCUCGAUUCGACCGAAAACUUUUUUCAUUCUCCUUCUUUUUUUCUUUGUUUCUGAUUUCUUCGCCCGCGCAUUUAUUCUCGCACGCCCCGUUUGAAAAACACAACCGCGACAGUCCAGUUUCGUUCCAGGUGAACGAAAAUUUACUGGAAUUUUUUCAUCGAAUUUUUUCUACCGCUUCCUUCAUCUGUCAUACACGAUUGCGUGUUUUCAAGCAGCGCGCGCGAAUUGCCUUGGCGGUAUCGUAGCAAAUGUGUGUUUAUACGUGUAUCGUGUAUAUGUAAACGCGUGUACGGUUUCUAACAUGUUUCGAGGAAACGUGUAUAAACGACGAGUGCUCUCGAAUACGCGGGGUUCCGACAUUAGUUCACGUUAUACGCUUAAGUACCGUUUCCGUUGCACGUUCGUUUACACGAUUACACAAACCCCUAACGCGGAAAUAAACCUUUCGCGACAUAAUUAACCAGCGUAACGUAAUAAUUAAAUCUCGCAGCUCCGCAUGAAUCUUAUAAAAAUAUGCUUUGUCUGUGGUUCGUGCUAGAGACCGUUGUUUACGUGACUUCUUUUUAUCUUCGAACGACCAAAAA